UUUCACACGGGCUGAGGAGAGAGAGAGGCUGCAGAAAGCAAGCCGGGCUGGGGCAGUGUCAGUGCCUGAGAGACCUGUCCCGUCCCACAGCCCAGCCUGUGAGUGUGAGUGUGAGUGCACCAGGAGCCGAUCGCUGCCAAUCUUCCCGGCUGCAGCCCUGAGCCCAGCGAGGGGACCGGCGCUGGUUACCGGUGCGGCUGUCCGCGUGCUAUGGGAUGGACGAGGACGAGCAGGAUCAGUAUGAGGUGCGCCUGAAGGAAGUGUUCGACAGCUUUGACGCCAUCGGCUGCGGGUCGCUGGGCCACGAGGAGCUGACUGACCUCUGUCACAUGCUACAGCUGCAAGAUGCAGCUCCACUGCUGCUGCAGACUCUCCUGCAAGAAGACCUCUCUGGCCGGGUCCAUUUUGAACAGUUUAAAGAGGCACUGAUCUUUAUCUUGUCAACGACCAUAGAAGGGAAUUUUUCGGGCGAGGAUGGCUACCAAGAGCUAGACUCCACCGAGGUGCAGCCCAAAUACGUCAAGGAUGGGAAGCGUUACGGACGGAAGACAGUGCCGGAGUUCCAGGGUUCGCUGGAGGAGGUCACGGGGACGGUGACCUCUGAUGGGAGGCAGCCCGAGCAACCUCCGCCUGGCGAUGGCAUUGAGGACUGGAAGACCUCGACUGACGGGGAUGAGUACGAGGCUGAAGGUCAGCUGGGACUCUGGAACCCCGACGAACUGACGACCCCCCAGACUGUGUGUGGUGCUGACCCCCAGUGCAUGGAGGAGAGGCUGCGGGCGGUGUUUCAGGAGCUGGGAGUCACCAAGGACAGCUUCCUGAGCAGCAACGAACUGAUCUCCAUCUGUGACCAGUGUGGCCUUCAGAACGUCGAUGCACAGCUUCUCGAUGACAUAUUCCAGAAACUGGACCAGGACGGGCUAAUGCGACUCGAGGACUUCCUUCACGGCAUCUUUAAAAGACCGGCACCUUCCUCGGCGUCCACUCCCUACCGGCAGCUGAAGAGGCACCAUUCCUUGCAGCCCUUUGAUGAGAGUGGACGCCGCACGGCCUGCCCAUCCACCUUGACCAGCACCAUCGGCCUGCGCCUCCUCUCCUGGCUGGACGACGGCUCGGGACACGCCGCGGCCGAGAUGAUCCUCGACGUCUGGCAGAGUGAAGGCAUCGACAACGGUCUGGAGAUCCUGAAGACUCUGGAGUUUGCCGUCUAUGGGAAGGUGAAUCUGUCAGAGUUAACCCUGGCUCUGGAGAAUGAGCUCCUCGUAUCAAAGAACGGCAUCCACCACGCAGGUCUGGCCACCUUCAAAAAUGAGAUUAGACACUUGAUGGAAUGUGUUGAUCAGGUUUUAAGGGAAAAAGAGAAGCUUCGAAGUGACUUGGAGAAGGCGGAGAAACUGAAACAUCUGAUGGCUUCCGAGGUGGAUGACCGGCACGCUACGAUAGAACACCUCAACGAAUGCAACCUCCGUAAGGUGGAGCAGGAGCACCAGAAGCGGCUGUGUGCCCUGAAGACGGACGUGGCGAGGGAGAGUGAGCAGCUCCUGCAGCGGACUAGCCUGCAGAGGCUGCAGCUCGAGAAGGAGAUGGAGAAAGUGAAGGCAGACGAAGGGUUCCUCCGCGACCGGCUGGCACUGGCCGUGAAGGAAAACUGUCGGCUGGAGAAGGAGCUUCUGGAAAACUCCGAGAGGUUGUUUGACUCCGAGAGACUUGCAAAGAAGCUGCAGAGCAACCUGGAGGCGGUUUUAAAAGAGAAGUUUGGCGACAUGGACCCGACGGGAGGCCAGUUCUUCCUGCAGGAGGAGAGGUUGUCACGGCUGCGAGAGGUCUAUGAACAGCAGCUCAGGGAGCUCCAGGACCGGGUGGACGAGUUGCAGUCACAAUUACAGGCAGACCAGGCACCGGGGAAACGCCUGCAGCAGUUGAUACAACCUUCUUUGUCGGAAGAACUGGAGUGCAAGAGCGAUGCGGAAGACGGUGAUGAAGCGUUGGGCCUGGAGGAAUGCAACCAACUAAACCUGAGUCUGGAAACAGAAAUGGCCAUCGAGCAGCUGAAGGAACAGCAUCAUCAGGCAGUCCUAACUCUGAGAGCCGACAUUGCAGAAAAGGUAAAUGAUCACGAGGAACAACUGGAUGAGGUGAGGGUCAAAUAUGAAACGGAGAGAGAGGGUUCCAACCAGAUGCACCAGAAGGAGAUCGCAGCGAUGCACCAAGAGGUCACGCAACUCAAAAGCCACAUCUCAGACCUUCAAGGAGAAAUUGAGAUCAUUAAAACGUUGCAACAGUCGGCAGAACGUAAACACAGCGAGGAGCAGAAGGAGUUGCAGGACAGGUUUCACGUAGACAGAGCACAACUGGAGCAGAGGUGGAAGCAGGAGGUUGAGGAAGCUAGCCAGUCUCAGAGCACCCAGAGGGAGGAGCUACUGCAGAGGCUCAACGCCACAGAGACGCAGCUACACGUCCAAAGGAAGGAGCUGGCGGAAGGACUGGCGAAGGAGAGGGUGGAGCAGGAAGAGGCUCACUCCAGGCAGCUUGCUGACGUCACGGAGCGCUUGCAGCAAGAGAGGGAUGAGCUGCAACGGAACCUCCUUCAUCAGAGGCAGCUCGAGCUGCAGCAGGGCAGGAAACGUGUGGAGGAUGAAUUCAACCGGAAGAUCGUUGAGAUGGAAGCCCAGUUUGCGAAGGAGCGGCAGUCGUUCCUCGUUAGGCUUGCCGCGCAAACGGGCGAAGUGGAAGAGAGACUCCAGCAGGCGGUGGCGGGCCUGGAGAGGCAGCUGCGUGAGGAGAAAGGCCAGUGGGAGUUUGAGAAAGAGGAGCUGCUGCAGGAACACGAGGAGGAAAUGGAGGAGCUUGGAAUGACGCUGGCCCGGGAGAAGGCCGCGUUGGCUCGGACGCUGGCCGAGGAGCGGGAGAGCCUGGAGACGACGUGCAAAGACGAGUUCGAUCAAUUGGCCGUGAAACACCAGCAGCUGCAGAAGGAGACGGAGGAAUUGAAAGCGGCGGUGGCCACCUCCGCUGGGAAGGAGAGUAUUUUGGCAAAUGAAGCCAUCGCCUUGAUUGAUCGGACCGAAGAUCGGACCCCGGCGUGGCCCGGCGGAGCAGCGUCCGAGGGGGGAGAAACUGCGCAGAAAUCGCAGGACGUCCGAUUGGAAGAGAAACUCGGGAUGACUUGUCAUCGGCCGGAGAUUUCACAGGAAGGAUCUGGAAUUACAAGGAAGGGACGUGGUUCUGAAGGCUGUGGUGAUGAUGUGGAUGCUGGGACGGGCCCCUUGGAUGAGGAGCUCCCUGAUGAAUCUGAGAUAAACAGGCGCGGGGAGAUGCCUCAGGUGGAGGAAGAACCAGUGCCUCAGUCACCGAUGGUGCAUGGGGAAAGCGGAAAGGGAAGUACAGAGGUAAGGAGCGAGCAUUUUGAGCUUCGGGUACCAACAGAGGAAUUGGGAAACGAGGUGCCCGACUGCACGAGUCUACAGGAGGCUGAGGAGAUGUUCGAGAGAGAGAAGGCCGAAAUAAUGAGGGCGAGGCUAGAACUUGAACAGAGGGUUGAGCUACUGCAGGGCAAGGUCACCGCGCACACGGGCGCAGAGGCGGAGUGGAAGCACCGCGAGGAGGAUCUCCGAUCGGAAAAAGCCGGGCUGAGAGAGAAGAUCGAGGAACUGGAAGAUAGAGUGGUGGAUGCCUCCCAUUUGCAGAGCACAAUCGAACUGUUAAGCAGUGAAAAGAUCGGCGCCUCAAGGAGGCAGCUGGAACUCCAAGAAAAGGUUGAGGAGCUGCAGGUGCGAAUGGACCUCCUCACAAAGGGGAGUGAAGAGCGUCAGAAAGAGUUGGCAGAGGCGCGGUUGCGAAAUGCGUGCUUGCAAGAGGAUAAAGCGGUCUUGGAAGAAAAAACUCUGGCGCUCCCAACCUUACAAGCAACCCUUGAGAUGUUCAAAAACCAGAGGGUGGAGAUGGAGAAGAGGUGCGAAGAACUUGAAGAGAAGCUGGGGGGCAAAUCAAAGACUCUCACAGAUCUGGAAAGGGGGAAGGAGGAGUGCGAGAGGGAAGUGGCGAGACUGAAGGCCGUGACCGCAACUCUGGAGGGCAGGACCCAACGCCUGGAAGAGGAGGUAGCCUCCGCUUCAGACGUCCACAAGCAAAGUUCUCAAUUGCAAAGGGAGAAUGCUGAAUUGAGAGCCUCCGUGGCUGCACUGCAAGAGCAACUCAGCCUCCUGCCCGCUCAGACCAACAGUGAAUCUGAAGCACUCGCCGAUGAAAGUGACGCGCCGGGAACCCAAACGACCACACAAACGCGGGAGGAGGAAGGAGCAUAUCGUUCACAGAUCCUAGCAAUGAAUGAAGCACAGAGGGAGUUCAUGAAACAAUUGGAGAUCUUGAAGGGAGACAAAAUGAGUGCUCAGAAAAUGAUAGAAGCUCUGAACAAACAGGUGUCGGGGCUGGCUUUGCGGAGCGAGCAGCUGGAUGCUGAAAACGAGGAGCUGUGCUACAAGAACUCCAAGCACCAGGCGGAGGUGCUGCAGCUCCAGCAGGGUCUGGCCCAACUCACCCGGCUGAAGGAGAGAACGGCAGGGGGGCGAUGGCAGAGGUGGGAGGAAGAGAAGAACCAUUUCAUGCACGGGAUUGAAGGCAGCCAAUUGUCCAGGUGUAACGAGCUGGGGGAAGAAGUUGCUGCUCUGAGGCACAUCAAUGAGGAGUUGGUGAGAGAGAGGGAGUCGCUGAGUGAUGAGGUGAACCGAUGCGUAAACAAGAUUGCAAAAAUGAACAUGGUGGAGAUGCAGGCAGAACAUCUGAGAGAGGAUUUGCAGGCUUCACUACAGGAAGUUCACAGGCUGACUGCCCAGCAGAGCACAUGGCAAGAACAGGUGCAGAGACUGGAGGAAAGUUUACAAAGUUUCAACCUCCAGACGGCAAAAUUGAGAUCGGACUUGCGCGUCGCUGAGCAGGAGAAGGAGGCGCUGAGAAAGGAGGUGAUACUGUUACACAAACAGCUCCAGACCAGCAAGGACAAGACUCAGACGCUGGAGGACAACCUACAUUGUGCCGAUCUCCGGCAGCGGCAGAAGCUGUCCUACGGCCACGACCUGGCUCAGCUGGUGGAGCAGGAGCAGAGAUUACUGCGGGAGGAAAAUGAGAGGCUGCAUCAAGAGGGGAGGCACACGAGAGGGGAGCUGCACCUUGCCAGGGAGAAGGUGAAACAACUGGAGUCUGCAAUGUUAACUCUCAAACACCAGAAACACUACUCCAAGUCCACGGUGCUUAAAGCAGCUGAGCAGGAGAGACUCUGCAUGAAGAGAGAGUACGAUCAGGUCCAGAAGGAUCUCGCCACGAAGAUGAGCCUCUUGUCCUCGCUUGAACAUGAGCUACAAGUGGAGUGUGCGGAGAAGGAGAGUCAACGGGCGAAGGUGAUCCAGUUGGAGAGCCAGCUGCUGGAGACCAGCGAGCAGCUGCUGCAAUCAAAGUCCAGCCUGUCGUGCAGCCAGACGCACACAGCCGGGGAGCUGCAGCAGAUGCGGGAACAGAUGUUGUCCAUGGUGCCCAAGGAACAGCUGGCGCAGCUGCAGGAGCAGCAGCAUGUGAGCGCCGCGGAGAGCAGCACGCAGCAGGAGGCGUAUGAGCAGCUGCUGAAAAAGAUGGAGGAAAGAAUGCAUGAUGUUGAAAAUAAGUUAAGAAAUAUAAAGUUACUACUCCAGGACAAAGUUAUUCAACUCAAGGAACAGCUGUCGAAGAACAUAAAGACAGAUGAAAUGGUGAAGGACUUGUACAUUGAAAAUGCUCAGCUCUUCAAGGCCCUCGAAAUGUCAGAGCAAAGACAGCAGACGACGGAGAAGAAGAACUACCUGCUGGAGGAGAACAUCGCGGGCCUAAACAAACUGCUGAAAGACCUGACCGCUCCCUCGCUGUCUGCAACUUCCACCUGUUACUCAUCGUAACACAGCCACUAAAUGAAGCUGUGCACAGCAGGACAAAGCUUGAAACACUACAGCACUUUAUCGAUCCAAUAUUUAGCCCAGUGUGUGCCUGCGUUCCCCACAACACCAGCAUCUUGCCGAAUUCGGAAAGCACUGGGCACUUGCAGAUAUUCCGUCCCCAACGCAGCGCUUCGAAAGGCUGGGAAUCCUUCAAUCCCUCAAAACGCAGGAGUAACUCAGUGGGUCUAGCAGCAUCUCUGGAAGAGAGGAAA